AUGUUUGACUUGGGCUUGGAGGACUUGUUAAUUGACGAAGAGGAAUGGAAUUUGGUUUUUUACCGUAGGAUCCGCAUCGGAAAGGUUAAGGCAACUCUUAAGAAAAUGGACAAUGGCAAAGCUAUUGGACCUAACAUUUCAGGUAUAGUUCCCAAUAACGAAGGUCGAGUGCUGAGUGAUGCUUCAGGGGAUUCUACAUUACUUGAGGAGGGUUUGUAUGUUUGUGGUUGGCUGAAGAGAGGGCCAACUGGAAUUAUUGCCACAAACCUUUACUGUGCUGAAGAAACUGUGUCAAGCAUAUCAGAAGACCUUAAUAAAGGAGUUUUGGUACCAUCGUCGAUCUUGCCAAAACAAGGCAGAGACGGUCUUCGCCAGCUCCUACAUGAUAGAAAUGUAAGAAUAGUUUCAUUCAGUGAUUGGGAGAAGAUAGACACUGAAGAAAAGAGGCGUGGAAUUACAGUAAACAAACCUAGGGAAAAACUAGCCACGUGGGAAGAACUGCUGAAAACUGCCUCAGGAUGAACCAGUUCUUCCAUAUGAUACUUCAAGAUUAGCUUGGUAUAUGCAGCAUACCUACAAAAAAAUUGAAAAUAAUUGAAAAAGAACUACCAAAAUGUAGAUUAGCGUAUUUGUUCUCUUCAUCUUUAGAGCAACAUUCUUUUCUCUUCCUUUUCAAUUUUUGAAAAUAGUUUUGUUAAUUCUACAUUGUUAGAUCCUCUCCUGUGAGGCAUGAAUGGUUGGCUGCAAUACAAAUUACAAAUGCAAAAUACUGUUGAGCAAUGACAUUAUCCAAGUCGCAUGCUUUGAGAGUUUUAAGACACUAUUAUUGUUCCUUA